ACCAUGUGGAAGUCAAUUCUGUGGCUCCUUCAUGCUGGCUUGUUACUGGACCCCUCCAUAGGCUGCUAUCACUGCCUGGUAGACAUGGAUAUCAGUGUCAAGCUGUGUUGGGGUCACGUUAUCACUGAAAGCUACACUCGCAACAUGGAUGAAUGCUUUGAGAAAGUGGACCGCUUAAUGACUAAUGCGACGAAAGUGAUAGAGGCUGGUAGAGUUGGUCCAGGGUAUGACCAGCAGUUGAGAGAGAUCAUGUUGUCUCAGAUCAUACCCCUGUUGGAGGAGUUUGACCAGAAGCUCAAUGACGACACCGUGUAUGAGAAGAGGUUGCAGACAGUAGCAGACAAUUUUAUUGCUGCUGCCUCCAAACUGCCUAGAGCUUCAGGAUGCAUUCCUCCAUGUGGUUUCCAGGCCAAAGGUGCACUGUACAAUUGCAUAACGUGCAAGUAUGACACCUGUGAGCUGCCUCUGGACUGCCCUGUCGAAGAAAUCACCGUUGUGGAAAACAACCGAACCAGGAUGUGGUGUGAUGUUUCCUUUCCAUUGCCGAUCGACCUGGAGGUGAUCUGGAGGUUUGCUGAAGAGGUAAAGAGCCAGCAGGUGGAUCUGUUUAAGGAGGUGACUGCAGGGGUGGACCGCCUAUACUCCAUCCCCUCUGCCAACCUGCAGCACACAGGAACCUACCAGUGUGAGAUCUUGUCCAACCAGCGCUCCAUAGUGAGACUCUACUUUUACCUCACAGUGAAGCCGCAGGUUGUGGUGGGCUACACCGAUCUGCAGGAGAUAUUUGACCUGUCUCUGCUCCCCGGGGGUCGGAUAGUCUCCAGCCCUGGUGGUCCCCCCCCAGCCCUCCAGCUCCUCCCCCAGCCUGCUCUCCUCACCGCCUGCCUGACGACCCUGCUGCUGCUCCUCUUCCUGUCCCUGGGGAUUCUGUACUGGAAGUCCGCUCAGCGAUACCGGAGAGAUGGACAACAAGCUCAGGAAGAUCAAGUUUCAAGACAGAUGUAUGUCCUGCAUUAACACUAUUAAAAUCGAACCAGUGGGUUUAUUAACCUGUGACAGAGCCGGGUGUACUUGUCUACUACUACCACCAGAGGGCGGUAGACACAUUCUGAAGCACAAUUACAGUUUUUCUGAAUUGCUAAACACUAAACCCCAUUCUCUGAAUCAAAUUCAGUGGCCUAAACCCAUUUGUUGAAUAAGACACUCUUUUAGCAGAACUCUAAACACAUUCUCAUUCACUAAAAACAUUUUGCACUGUGAUUCACUUGUACUGCAAAAUGGUAAACACAGUCGGCAAACAGUAAACACAACUACAACACAGUUGUCAUCUAUAAAACACAAUGACUCAAAAUGGUUCACACUUGUUUCUAAUGGUGGUUUGGGACAAUGUCAACUUUCACCGUGGUGUCCGUAUACGAGAAUGGUUCAACAUCAACCAGCAAUUUUUACAGUAAAUGUUUGCCUUCCACCAUACAGCCCUUUUCUCAACCCAAUUGAAGAGUUUUUCUCUGCGUGGCGGUGGAAGGUCUAUGACCGAAACGCAUAUACCAGGAUAAAUCUCCUAUAGGAAUUGGCCUGUGGUGACAUAGUGUGGAGGGUUUUCAAGCCUGGAUCCGGCACACCAGAGGAUUUGUUCUUUGUUGACAGUACUACUGUAUGUUGUGA